CCAAAAGCUGUACAUAAUCAAAUUCAUCCAUCAUGGUGAAUGAGCUACAGGAAAACAACUGUUAUGUUGCGUUGACCCAUGACUACCUCGAUGCAAAAUCGAUGAUGGAUCGUGUCCGGAGUCCUAAAGCUGGUGCUAUCGUGCUCUUUGCUGGCACUACACGGGAUAACUUUGCUGGAAAGCCAGUCAAAGAACUCCAAUAUACCUCGUAUGAGCCUCGAGCUCUCCAGACUAUGCUUACGAUUUGCAAGAGUGUACGAGAAAAACAUUCUCUGACAUCAAUUGCAAUGAUUCAUCGCCUUGGUGUGGUUCCCAUAGGAGAGGAAAGCAUUCUGAUCACCAUAUCAUCACCUCAUCGCCAGGCUGCUUGGAGGGCGGGGGAAGAAGCUUUAGAAGAAUGCAAAGAGAAAGUUGAGGUAUGGAAGAAAGAGGAGUUCGGUGGCGAGGACGGGGGUGCAUGGAGGGCCAACCGGGAUGGUGCUGUCGGUAAGAGAAUCGAUCAAGACCAAAGCGGGCCACCUCAAGGUCCUCAUGGGCCAAUCCUCCGAGCAGCGAGACCAGGAGAAAGAGGCCACGGACCAGUAGUUCGGGGAGACCACCUUGGACAUUGAUAUCCUCCAAAAAGUUACCGACUCGGGACCUUUGCUACAUAUGGUAGACUUUGCUGCUUAUGUUGUCUCGUUCUCUACGCCGUCCUGGCCAUAAGCGCACAAUAGAUGAGCUUUAGUGGUACUUUCUACUGCAAAUGGGGCUACAUUUGAACUCUUGUACCUCAAUUCCCCGACUCAGAUGUAUGCCGGAGCUGUGAAAUAGAAAGCGGACAGCCAGACUGAAAUGGAAUAAAGAGCAGCGAGACUGCGCUCGAGACGACGUAGCUUGUGCCUCGUCUCGAGGGCUCAGAAACACCCAGAGCACUUUCAUUGGUCUACAACGGUCAGGUGAUUGUCAAGCUACAGUGUGUUCACGAUACGAAGGGCAAUAUCUCCAGCCAAAAAAGCGCAUCUAUUUCUGGCCUUAACGUAGCUAUUACAAGACAAGAGAUCAACACAUGAG